CACAAUAACAAGUUGACAUAGCAAAAUGGCCGCUUUCCAGAUUUGCUGGUCAUGUUGGUGACUUUGUGAAGUUACAUCAAUCGAUUACCAAAAUGUCGACACGGAAGGACGUGCUGGGGUUUGAGCCUCAGAAGGAAUCGAUAUACAACCAACUUCUACCAUAUAGCGAGAAAAUUGAUGCAGAAACGACAGAUUUUCUUGCACAGAUCAAAGGGAAUUUAGGAAGAGCUGUUCAACUCAGAGACGUGAAAUAUGGAGCCAGCCACUGGAUUGGUCAACUUUCCAGGUACAUCCGACUGUUCGGCUACAACUUUAGCAAGUCGGACCACAUCUGUCUGGUACACCUGGUGUUUGACCUGAUGACAAUCCCCAACCUGGAGCUGUCUCUGGUACAGAAGUAUGCAGCACUGCUCACAACCCUCAUCAAGAAGAAGGAACUGUUAACUCGUGAGGAACUUGUGUUGCCAUGGAGACCACUGUAUGACCUGGUUGAGUCCGUGAUGUAUUCUCAGUAUGAACACCAUGGGCUGCAGCUGUUUCCAUCCAACAUAGAAAAUGUACUAAAGAGCGUCGUCCGCUACUGUCGUGUGUAUUUCUCGCUGGAAUCAACGUCAGAGAUGCUGGAGGAAUGGCGUCCACUUAUCUGUCCAUUUGAUGUGACAGUCAUCAAGGCUCUCAACUACCUUGAGCUGUUCCUGCCCACCUCUCUACCACCGGAGCACUAUGACAAGGGCUUCAAGCUGUGGUUUGAUGAAUUGGUUCAACUGUGGCUGUCUUUCCACAAUGGCCCUUCUUGGGAAUAUAGCCUGGUGUCACUGUUCUCCCGACUCGCGCAAGACAACAUCGGCUAUAUAGACUGGACUCCCAACAUAGACCAGAUCUUCACCCGAUUCUUGCGUAGUUUCAACCUGCCAGUCGGAUCCCAGCAAGUGCCACACAAAACCAACAACUGCUAUGACAUCAACCAGACAGUCCAGUGGAUUGUAUCUAUGCUAGGAGGUGACAGCACUGUCCAGCAACAUGUGACCAAACUCUUCAAGGCACUGCAGUCUUUCUACUACCCCUCCAACAUUGGCAGAUGGAAUAUGAAGCUGAGUGCCCUUCUUAUGGCUUUUCCUAAACACUUCAUCAGGAGAGUGCACAGAGAGAGAUACCAGAAACCUAGCUGGGAGACAGCCAUCCCCAAGGCCAACCACCUUUCGGAGGAUGACAUCACAGAGUUUGUCAACAGUCUGAAGAAUGUUACCUUUGUUGCCAUGUUUGGGAAGCAUGGCAGUCAGGAUGCAGCUGUCGCCCUCCGUCAUCUUGCCACCAUGAGACCUGAGUUGACUGUUCCACCACUGCUAGAAACUAUGUAUCCUGCAAUGGAGACGUUGAUCGAACCUCAUCGCCUUAUAGCGUGCAUGAACUGUAUCGUGGCAGUUGCGCGACCAAUGCUGAGAGCAGGGAAGUGGUACCCUCUGGGUCCCACCCAUCUCCUCCCCCUCCUCAAUCUCUCCCUCCCAGGCAUUGACCCCAACGACUUUAAAAAAUGUUUGGUGACAUUCCAGAUGAUAUCAACAUUUGUGUCUCUGGUGCCAAUAGUGGAUUGUUCCGGGGCCAUCCAAGUUAGGACGGAUCUCACUGAGGAGGAGAAGGAAGUUUGCAUGGCCACGGCCCAGUUUGAGGACUGGGUGCUGCAGUACCUGGACCGAGUGUUCACCCUGGUGGAGAACAGUGCCCAGGAGUCUACUUGUGGUGCCCAGGACAGACUCAACCCGGAGCAGAGCAUGAUGGAGGUCGGCAUGGCAUCCACCACCACCUCUGUGCUGCAGCAGUGUUCAGGACCUAUAUUUGAUUCUGCAGUGAGAAGGCUACACCGAUUCCUCACUGGCAAUGUGUAUGAGACCAAGGUCAGCGGCAGAUUCGCAGCCAACCUCUGCAGGUCUGCAGCCAAGGUUCACCCAGCCAAAACCCUGAAGCUGUUCCUCCCUCACUUCUGUAGCAGCAUUGUGAACUACUGCAAGGAACAUGGUGAUAUACAGAAAGAGGAACACCUGGAUGACAGUUUCCUGUGGAACCUCCAGAUGCUCACACAGCUGGUGCGGUGUAACGGCAAGGAGAUGCUUCAGUACAAGGACUCGCUGGUGGAGGUGCUGUCCCUGAUGCUGCCCCUGCAGUGUGUACAGGGAUACGAGAUGGCAGGCAUGCUGCUGAGAUACCUGCUGAGGGCACUUGUACUCACCUACCCGCAGGAGUACCGCAGCACGUCCCACAGCUUUGAUAGGCCGCUGGAGGAAUACCUUCCCAUCAGGGACUGGGCAGUCCCUGGAAACAUCCAUGAACUGGCCAUUGACUGGCACAUACCCAACCAAGCAGAGAUGGACUUCGCUGGGGAGAUCCUCAGCAAGUUCCUGGCUCCUGAGUUGAAGCUCAUCAACAGCAUCAAGGCUGACACACAGGCUCCCACCAGGGAGGAUUUGUUGAGGAGGCUGAAUAUGAUCUUGGAAAGUAUCCUGGGAUCUGCAUCACUGCUGCCGAUGUGGGAAGGCAAGGCUAUCCCUGUCCUGGAGACAGAUGUGCCCAUGAAAAGAUUCAAGUGUUCAUCUCAUGUUGUUGGAGAGCUGAAGCUGGAUGGCGAGAAUGUGAGAAGCUGUGUGGCUGAUGCCAUGAAGCACUUGCUCAAUUACAUGCAUGCAAGCUGUGAAGAUGACACGAAGGGGUUUGUGAAAGUCAUGCGGAUUUUCGAGACUGUACUGUUCUUCUAUGGCACUCAGAAGAAUGACUUUGAUGGUCGAUGGAAGAGUUUUCAUAUUGUGAAGGCAGCCCUGGAGGAUAAGCUGCGAGGCAAGAAGCGUCACAUCCGAGCACUGCUUGUCGACAGGGUACAGUUACAACAUGAGUUGCUGAUGUUGAACAGCAAGGAGAAGGUGUUCACCAGCCGCCAUCAGGAUAUAUGGAACGAGCUGAUGCAGCUGUCUCUCAGCAGAUACAGCGAGGUUAGGAAAAAGGCCCAGAACUGCCUGCUCUCUGCAUUCACAAACUUCCCCUACACAUACAGAACUGUGAUAAAGGAGAUUGUUCACAAUAUCCGUGAACCAGAUGUUGCGGAACAUAAAUUCAAGGGUAGUCUUUACACCAUCCUAGGUAACGGGAAGAAAUGCCUAGCAACAAAGAGAAACUGGGAAAUAUUGUCCCAGAUUUGGCCAGCCCUUGCUCAAGCACAACAUUCAGAGAAACCUUCGAUCCUGAAGGCUGUUGAUGAUAUUGUUACCAAAGUGGUCAAAUGUCUGGAGACAGUAGCCAUCAAUAUUGAGACCCCUCUCAGGUGUAUAGAUCGAGGUCGUGACCUGCUGCAGACCUCAUUACCAGCGCCAACAUGUGACCCUGCAUCUGAGGUUGACCUACAGAAGGGUGCCGAGCGAGAAACUGCUCGCAAUCAAUCAAAUGACAGAGAUUAUGUGAAGCUCAUAACAACACUAGCAGCCCAGGUAGAGAGUGGAAAACUGACAUGGAAGUUCAGCCAGAUCAGUAUGGAGCUAAUGGCAAUACUACUACGACAUGACCGAGAGGCCCCGCCCGAAGUUGUGGCCUGCUUCGUCAAGCAUCUCUGCCAUGAUGCUCUGUACAUCCGCAAGUUGGCCAUGUCGGCAGUGUCAGCUGUGUUAAAACAACAGAAGCGGAAACACCCUAAGGUCCCAAUUGAUCCAUACAAGCGAUCAGGGUGUGCCCCUCCCCCCAAGGGCAGCAGCUGUGUGCCUGGGGACCGUGCUGACAAUAUGUGGCACCAGUAUGACCUUGCCGACCUCCCAGUCACCCAGGAGAAGUGGGACAAGGCAGCCUUUGUGGACAAGACACACUGGGGGUACUACUCAUGGCCCAAGGAGAUGCUUGUGUAUGCCCCAUAUGACAAGCAGCCGAAACCGGAGCUUCCGCGGUCAGAGAUGAAUGAGGCAGCUCAAUGUAUAUACGACAACUUCUCUAAUAAGGAAUUUGUAGAGAAACUUAUCUCAUUCUUGUCUUUAGAAGAACUGAAGGGUAGAGACAAGUUCCGCACAAAAUAUCUAGUCCUAUUUAAGGGUUUAUUCCGUAACUAUGGCGACGCCUUCCUGCCAAACUUUCAGCCUCACAUCGAACGUCUGAUGGGAGACUUGAGUCAUGACAAACAUGACAGCAGUCAGCGCUGUGCCAUGGAGAUUCUGGCCGGCAUCAUCAGAGGAAGUACACACUGGGCAUUUGACAAGGUGGAGAAGUUAUGGCAAUGGACCUGUCCUCUGCUAGCUACCUCACUAAGCAACAUUACCAUAGAAACCGUUGAUGACUGGGGAUCAUUCUACACAAGUCUUUCAGAGAGCCGUGACCCUAGGAAAUUACACUGGUUGUUGACGCUGCUGAUGGAGGACCCCCUUAAGGGAGAAGGUGGAGCUUUCGGAGAAGCUAGUCGGCUUUAUGCAGUGCAGAAUGCCCUCAUUGACCAGGAGUGGCGUGUACCUCAGUUGUUGCAUCAACUUCUCGAGUACCUCAAACCUCAUCUUGCUCAUCCCUACAAGAAUGUGCGUGACAGGAUCGGCAGUGUGCUGAGCAAUGUGUUCCUGUACGACUACAAGAUCUGCCCCAAGUCCGGUGUGAGGUCCCCUCACCGCCGCACAUUCCUGGAGGAACUCCUUCCUCAGCUACAGCAGCUCAAGGACAUUGUGCCAACACAAAACGGGAACAACGGGCCUAAAGUUGAUAAUGCAGCUUCCGCUGUUGUGGCGUCCUCAAGUGUCAUGAAACCCGAGCCGAUGGAGGUGGAGGACAACGGAACUGAAGACGAUGAGCGGAAGAAGGCGAUACGUCUCUGUAAAACAGUGAUGAAGUGGCUGCAGAACAAUCACACUCGGGCUUUCUACUCCUCCCAUGCUGAUAUCUUCCCCCUACUGCCUAUUAUCUGUACACUGGAGAGUGAGUCGACAGACGAUGACCUCAAGACGGACUGUGCCACAGCGCUGAUGUGUCUGGCACAGAGUCUCAUCCAUCCCGACCACAUCAAGGUGGCACUCGCCACUGUCAGGGAGGUUGCCGGGUUACAGUCAUGGCACGCCAGAGCCGCCAUCCUGCGCUACAUUCAGGCCGUUGUGUUCGGGAACAUGUUCCUGAUGGACAACCCAGAACACAAGCAGUGUGUCCAUGACAUCCUGCUGCAUCUCAUCUGUGAUGAACAACUAGAGGUGCGGGAGAUGGCCAGUGUGAGCCUGAGCGGUCUGCUUCACUGCGGCUACAUGGAGAUGGGAGAGGAGUUUAUUGGACAUUUUGAGCGUCUUAGUCGCACCAAGCUGAAAAAGCGCAAGAAGACAAGUGAAUCUGUGUCCAUGGAGUCUCUGAUCCAGAGACAUGCUGGAGUCCUGGGGCUGGGGGCGUGUGUCCAGGCAUUCCCCUACCAGGUGCCACAGUUUAUACCCCGCAUACUCAUGGAGCUCAGUCCUCACGUCAACGACCCACAGCCCAUACAGAUGUCGGUGAAGAAGAUUCUGUCGAACUUCCGCCGCACACAUCAUGACAACUGGCAUGACCACAAGCUCAAGUUCACUGACGACCAGCUGGUGAUCCUCACUGACCUGCUGGUGUCCCCUAACUACUAUGCAUAGUCUCUCACUCGGUCGACAGUACCGUUGUAGAACAGGCUGCUGCUCAUCCACCAGGCUUCCAGACUGACCCUGCAUUCAAGGAGGGCGUGGCACACCCACCCAGUCCGUGGUGCAUGGUCCUACACAUGCAGUGUUGAAGAUACUACAAACAUGUGCAGUGCGGUCUGAACAUGCCGACUGUUGCACCUCCAAUGGAGCCAUAGUACUCAACCUGUUGUUUGGUUCUUGUGCACUGUGGUCAAAUCAUUGUUGAUACUUCUUACGUGUCAGUUUCUAUGUUGGUCAGCAAAAUACACUAGAUCUCAGUUUGAGACUUAUCAAAAUUUAUACAUUUGCAUAACUUUUUGAUGCCUUAUAGUUACAAAAUUUGUCUCCUCAAAAUAAAUAGACAUACAUUGGUUUAUUCGGUUAUCAAAAUGGUAAUGUACAUAUGUGACUGAAGUAUUGCUUCAGUGGGAAUUGCACUCAUUUUAAAUGUAAACACUGGAAGGUGUCGUAAUCGCCAUGAAUUACCUCCCCUGAAUGAGCCAACUCUGCGGCUGUAGAGCGAUGAAACUGUGUAUACAUGGUAUGAAUAAUCAAUAUGGUUGUUAUUAGUUUCUUCAGAAACCAGUCAAUUGAAUUAUAUUACGAACAUGUUCAAAUAAUAUGUUGUAAGUUUCUCAUUGUAUUUAAUAUGUGAAGUACUGUGAUCCAACCUGUUGGUUAUAUAUAACUGACAUUUUAAAUUGAUUAACCCACACCUAGAGAGUUUUACUACACGACUGAAGAUGCAGAUGACUUGCAUCACAUGCCAUAAAGCAAUCUUUUCGCUGUGACUAUGGUAAAUCCUAUUCUUUAAUAUAGCCCUAUGAUAGCUGUAGCGUGACGAUCGCUUUGUGAAAUGAGGUGCUGGUGUCAAGGUGCUUAGCCCUUCUGUGACUUAUCAUUUAUCUUAGUCAAAUCUUUAACAUCUCUGUUUGUACCUGAGAGAAACUUGAUCGUGAACGAAAUGUUUUAUGUGACAACUUUCCUCAGAAAUCUGUUUCAUGGUGUGACACGCCAUGUGAUAUAACUGCAAUACUAAUCAAAGUGGCAUUAAACCAAACUAUCUCACUCUUAUCAAACAGUGCGUAGUUUCCUAAUCUGGUGAGAGCAGCGACAUUAACACUCUCUCACUUUUUGAACAUAGUUUAUUUAUAAGUUCCACUUUAUCUACUUGGUUUUGUUUUCUUUUUGGUGGGGGGGGGGGGGGGGGGGGAGGAUGGCCCAGUCAUCUGAGGACCCACUAUGAGCUGGAUAGAGUUGUGUCCCUUGGGCAUGCCAGAAACCCAUGUACCCAGUUGUGUGGAUCGAUGCUCAUGAUGUCAGUCACUGGAUUGUCUUGUCCAGACUUGAUUAUUUUACAGACCGCCAUCAUAUAGCAGGAAUAUUGCUGAGUGUGGCGUUAAACAACUACAAACACACAGAAACCCAUGAUCAUUGGUUCGAAUCCCAGGUUACUCUGAUUAUGUUUCUAGUUUUGUCAGCACCAUACUAAUGCUCACGGGCUUCACCAAAGUGGUAAACAUCUAAGUCCUGCAUCACUUGGGGCUUUCCUCCCCCAUUAAGCCGAUAUAACUGGAACACUGUUCAAAGCGGCAUAAAACCAAACUCAAUGACUAUAUUUGUUGUCCUCCUCCACAGGGCGGUUUGGUAGCCUUGUGGUUAAAGCGUUCGCUCGUCACGCCGAAGACCCGGGUUCGAUUCCCGACAUGGGUACAAUGUGUGAAGCUCAUUUCUGGUGUGUCCGCUGCGAUAUUGCUGGAAUAUUGCUAAAAGCGGCGUAAAACCAUACUCAAUCACUCCUCCUCCACAUGUACAUGUCAGUCUAAGCACCUUGAUUCACUGCGUGUCUUCUAUGCCAGUCUUACCAUGCAUCAUAAUAUGUAGUCAUCCAUAGUUGUUUUAUUGGUAUGUUUUAUUCAUGUUUCCUCUUGAUACACUGGACUUCAUCAUAUAGCUUGGAGUUAAGAAUUAAUUGCUUUUACUAUUUCUGUUUAUGAAAAAAGUGUUGAUCCUCAUUUUAGUUGAAAGAUUUCUCUAUGUAUUGAUUCAGUUCGGCCUGUUCUCCUGGAAAUGGUGAUGUGUCCUAUGGGUAGUUGCUUGAUAUGUCUCAUGAAUAUUUUUGUAUCAUUUUUGAGGGUUUGCAAUAAUGGUAAGUAACCAUUAUGUGUAUUGGCUUAUUGUUAAUGCUGUGAUAUGUAACAUUACAUAGUCAGAGCAUCAUAAUAAACAUAAACAGCAUUAUUUGUGAUGGCCAAAGUGCACUGACCUCAAAUAGGUGUGUGUUUGAUGAUGAUGAUGGUUAGGCCUUAUAUAUUGUUAUCACUUCUGUUUGUGAGAAAUGGUGAGUAACAUGUAUAUAAUUCUUUAUUCUCCGAAAAAAUAAUUAUACGUCAAAAUCUGUUUGUUUUUCUGUCAUUGUUAGCAGUACUAACCUGGAAGUUUUUAUUUUGAAAGACAUUUCAACCACCUACGUUGAAUUUUUUUGAACCAACUAAUACAAAAUAAUAGGCCUUUCAUUCAGAUUCAGAUUCUGUGUUAAGUGUGUUAUCAUUGCUCUUAUUUAAUCUGUACAGAGAGUAUGCUGUGUCUGAAGGAAGAGGGAGAAAUGUGAUUGGUAUUUUUACUUUUGGUCAUGUCAAGGGCAGUUGGGUAAUCCUGUGGUUUAGGCAUGACU